AUGAAUUCAUAUACUGUCGAUGAAAAUCAGUUUAUACUACUUGAUUGUAGUUUAUUCAAAUCUGUGAACACAUCAAUUUUACAAAGUGUUGCUAUUCUUAGACUAGGUGAUGUUAGUAUUUCACGUGUAUCCUAUCCUGGGAAUUCAUCAUCUUUUCAAUCGAAAACAUCACAGAUUAAAAGUUUUCUACCCACUUCUGCAACAGAUAACAUUCGGAUACAUAUGGAAGUUCCUGUAGAUAAUAAUAAUAAUAAUAAUAUUUUUAUUGGAUCAGAUAAACUUUUACAUAAUCUUCCAGAUACAUCAUCAUUUCUUACAGUGGAAUUAAGAAAUCAUUAUCAUGUUGAUACAUUGAAUUCAGGUGGAUUAAAUCGAUGUAAGCUAUUUUUCUUUUCAAUAUCUUUUAAAAACUCUAUCAGUAUGUAUUAUUGUUUUACAAAUGUAAAUUAUUUUUCUAUUAGGUGA